AUGCCUUUGAAUAGUAUCCUGGAGAUGGAACCAUUCGACGUCUGGGGGAUCGACUUCAUGGGACCAUUUCCCCCAUCCUUCUCUAAUCAGUACAUAUUAGUGGCUGUGGAUUACGUAGCAAAGUGGGUAGAGGCCGUUGCACUGCCUACCAAUGAUGAAAAGGUGGUGAUUGAGUUUCUAAAGAAACAUAUUUUUACCCGCUUUGGAACACCGAGGGCUAUAAUCAGUGACGGGGGCAAACACUUCUGCAAUCGUCAACUCAAACAAUUGUUGGCUAAAUAUGGCGUUAAACAUCGUGUUGCAGGUGAAAAACGUCUCCUACAAUUUAAUGAGCUGGAUGAGCUUAGAAUGGAAGCCUACAAGGAUUCAAGAAUCUACAAAGAGCGCACCAAGAAAUGA